GCCAAUCAGGGCCGGGGAGAGCGUCCGCACGGAUCCAGUGGAAGCAGUAGUCGUUUAACCAUGGCGAGAAAAACCCCGUCAGCUCGAUGAGGGACUUCCUGGUGAGACGGGGAUUUUCUCAACAGACACGAGACAUAGGCUUUCUGUCGCUAAAUUGGAUUUAAAAUUAAACCAUUAGAGCGGAGCGUUAAUUUGACAGGGCGGGUGUCAGUCGGCUUUGAGUUGACACAUUCGUUGCUAGUCAGAGUUAGCUAGCAAGCUAACGCCAACGUCAGGGCUGCCCUCCGACCAUGUCCGCCUCUCCGCCGGGCCACGGCUCGGGCCUCGGUCCCGCCAUGUCUAUGUUUCGGUGGCUAGAGGUGCUGGAGAAGGAGUUCGACAAGGCCUUCGUAGACGUGGACCUCCUGCUGGGAGAAAUAGACCCAGACCAAGUGGACAUAACCUACGAGGGGAGGCAGAAGAUGACGAGCCUGAGCUCCUGUUUUGCCCAGCUGUGUCACAAAACCCAGACGGUUUUCCAGCUCAACCACAAACUCGAGGCGCAGCUGGUUGACCUGCGCUCCGAGCUGACGGAGGCCAAAGGCGAGCGGGCGGUGGUGGAGCGGGAGGUGCACGACCUGCUGCUCCAGCUCCACGCUCUCCAGCUGCAGCUCCGGGUCAAGCAGGGCCAAGCCGAGGACUCGGACACCAUCAAAGACAGACUGCCUACACCAACAGUGGAAGACAUGGAACAGGAGCUGGAGGCCAGCAAGAAGGAGAAACUGGCCGAAGCCAGGCUGGACGCAGAAGUCCGACUGUUCAAGAAGGAGAACGAGGCCCUCCGCCGACACAUGGCCGUCCUGCAGGCCGAGGUGUACGGGGCCAGGCUCGCCGCCAAAUACCUGGACAAGGAGCUGGCCGGCAGGGUACAGCAGAUCCAGCUGCUCGGCCGGGACAUGAAAGGCCCCGCCCACGACAAGCUGUGGAACCAGCUGGAGGCCGAGAUCCACCUCCACCGCCAUAAGACGGUCAUCCGGGCCUGCCGGGGCCGCAGCGACCCCAAAAAGCCUCUGCCCUCCCCUGUGGGACACGUGAGCACAGACCCCACUCACCAGAUCCAGCCAGUUCCAUCCAUGUGGCCCCCCCGGGACCCCGACAUGCUGAAGAAAACCCAGGGAGUAGGUCCCAUCAGAAAGAUUCUGCUGGUCAAAGAGGAUCAUGAAGGGCUGGGGAUCUCCAUCACAGGAGGGAAGGAGCACGGGGUUCCUAUCCUGAUCUCCGAGAUCCACCCGGGCCAGCCGGCUGACCGGUGCGGGGGUCUGCACGUGGGGGACGCCGUCCUGGCGGUCAACAGCAUCAACCUGCGGGACGCCAAGCACAAAGAGGCCGUCACCAUCCUGUCCCAGCAGCGGGGGCAGAUCGAGUUCGAGGUGGUGUACGUGGCCCCGGAGGUGGACAGCGACGACGAGAACGUGGAGUACGAGGACGACAGCGGCCACCGCUACCGCCUCUACCUGGACGAGCUGGACGAGGCCAGCGGCAACGCAGCGCCCCCCGGAGGCAGCUCCGCGCCACUGCAGGCGCUGGAGAAGAUGUCGCUGAGCAACGGGCCGGAGAACGGGAAUCCCGGGAACGCCUCGGAGUCCGCGUCGGAGGGAACUCCGUCCAAACCCCCGGAGACCGGCGGAUCCUCCUAGAGCCUCGUCAGGAGUUCAAAACAAGAGAGGAACAAACGAAAAACUGAGAGACAAUCUGAGCACCGAGGGAGAGCAGAGCGUUACUGUCUGUGUUGUGUCCGGGAAAGGGGGAUGGGAAUGUCGUGGGGAUGCCUUUGGUCUAAAAAGUACGUGUUUGAGUCGUGUGUGAGAGCAUAAGGAGAUUAAUUUGGGGAUAUUUUAUGACAGUACUGGCAGGAAUCUACAGUACAGCUGGAUUUGAAAUGACAGUAGAAGCAACAGGAACAACCCACAUUUCUUCCUUUUGUUUUGUAGUCCUUUUUUCCCCAUUUUAUUUAAAUUUUUGUUUAGUUUUCUUCCCUCAGAGUUACUGCCACAGAGAUGUAUACUGAUAAACCUGGAAUGACCCUGAGUUAAAAGGUGGGAAAAAAGUGAAACAUACAUUAACACCCUUCUUAGGUCUGAUUGACUUAUUUAGCAAGAAUGAUAAAAUAGUAUCUUUAUUGGUCAGAUGUUCAAUAAGUCUCUAUAAUUAGCUGUCAGAUGCAAAAAUGGAAAUCGCCACCAGACAAAGUAACAACUGGUGUCCCAUCUAAAAAAAAAUCCAUGGUAUUUUCAGGGUGUUUUUGUCUUUUUUUGGCCUAUUUUGUUUAGUGUUUGCUAGUGUUUGAUAUCACAAAUCUUAAGUACACCCAGCUCCACACAGGGGAACUAAACAGAACCAUCCCAACAAUCUGAUGUGGAUACGUGUUCAUUUGCUUUGUCUUGUUUUUUUACUUGGACCUGUUGACAUCACAAAUACAACAGAUUUAAAUCAGGAACGUCUCACACUAUUGCGGCAAAAUUCAACAAACCUGCCUCACAAACGAACCAACACGGGAAUCAUGGAAGUCGGGUCAGGAAAGUCCUGCCUCUUGUCUGCUGGCUUUACUUUGCACAUUCUCCCCGUUUGCCUUUUUCCUCUCUGCUAGAGGUAAAGAGAAACUCCUAACUUACACUACGUACACCCCCCAUCUCCAUCUCCAACUAUCGUGUUACUGAGGAGCCUAAUCAGACGUUUAUUCCCUUUGCCAAACAAAGUUUGUUUCCCUUUCAACCCUUUCUUUGUUCAUAUAUUGGAAUUACAUCUUUCCGGCUGGGUUCUCAUGAAAAUGCCCAAAGUAUUCCCGUUGCGUUUUUAAUAUUUAAUUUUUUGGUGGCAUUUUGAUGCUGUUUUCUGUCUUCCUUUUUUUUGUUUCUGUAGUAUUUGGUUUCUGUUUAAUAACCGUGCUAAUGUGUGUUUUUAUGGGUAGAUCUUUCUUUUUUUUCCCCUAACCAAUAAAAUUAGUUUCCAGUUUGGUUUAUCUGAAAUGGCUUUUGAGAAGGCUUUAUU